AGACUAACCUGGUGAUGGCUAAGGAUCGCCUUGACUUCCUAGUCAGCCUUGUGCAUCUGGGCCAGUUAGCAGUGUCGAGUGAGACGGGCUCAGCCCCUCGGGGGAAGACUCGGCAGUCCAGGGUAGCUCCCCAGCCCCUGACCAUUCCUAAAACAGAACCUAAACAAUACACACUAGUGAACAGUGGGGGGAGCCCCAGGCCAAAAAGGCAGGAGUUCAAAUUUCCAUCCCCCUCUCCUCCCAUUCAGAAACCCACAGAAGCACUUGGGCGGAAGUUAAACAUUCCAGGGAAGAGGGCAGCAGGCACAGCAAUGAACAAAAGCCAAACCUUGCCACGCAGCAUGGGCCGUUCCCACAGCAACAUUAUCUCCCCUCGACCCAACAAGCCAGCCUCCACACCUCCAACUAUCAAAAGACAACUUUCUGGGCCCAGCAGUUCACCUGUGCGCAGGCCAAGCAACAACAGCACCAACUCUGUCACAAAGGGAACACCAUCUCGUAAAACUCCAUCCCCUGCUCUGAAAGGAGUGGACCCAAAACUUGCUCAAAUCAUCUUGGAUGAGAUUCUGGAAGGAGGUGCAUCUGUGCAGUGGGAAGACAUAGCGGGACAAGAGGUGGCCAAGCAGGCAUUACAAGAGAUGGUGAUCUUGCCAUCAUUACGCCCUGAAUUGUUCACUGGUCUGCGCACUCCAUCCCGAGGAUUACUGCUGUUUGGACCACCUGGUAAUGGCAAGACGUUGCUCGCACGUGCUGUUGCCACUGAAUGCAAUGCCACGUUUUUCAGCAUCAGUGCUGCCAGUCUGACAUCCAAGUAUGUUGGUGAGGGUGAGAAGCUGGUCAGGGCCCUAUUCUCUGUUGCCAGGGAGUUGCAGCCGUCCAUUAUCUUCAUUGAUGAAGUAGACUCACUGUUGUCUGAGAGGCGAGAGGGUGAGCAUGAUGCAAGUCGGCGCCUCAAAACGGAGUUUCUUGUAGAGUUUGAUGGCCUCCCAUCAAACCCUGAGGAGAGGGUUCUGGUCAUGGCUGCAACAAAUCGCCCUCAGGAACUAGAUGAAGCAGCUCUCAGACGAUUUUCAAAGCGCAUAUAUGUGACACUACCAGAUCAUGCAACACGAGUUCUGCUUUUGAGGCGGCUGUUGAGUCGACAUAACAGUCCCUUGUCUCAGGAAGAGCUGGCAAAACUAGCCACUGUUACAGAAGGUUAUUCUGGAAGUGAUCUCACAGGACUUGCCAAGGAUGCAGCUCUAGGACCAAUAAGAGAACUAAACCCAGAACAAGUUCGCUGCCUCGAUCCAAGCAGUGUCCGCAACAUUAAGUUCCAAGACUUUCAAGACUCACUCAAGAGAAUCCGACGCAGUGUGUCUCCGCAUAAUUUAACCAUAUAUGAAAAGUGGAACUUGGAAUUUGGGGAUGUCAGUAUGUAGGAGCCAGGUGCAGUGGUAUGGUACAUCAUCAGUGACAGUUUGCAUGUCAUUGUGGCACAAAAAUAAUAAUAUAGGAGGAUCAGUGCUUUGUGCUGUGUUUGUUAAACAAAAUAAUCCAACAAUUCAAAGCUCUUCUGUGAUUGUCGGCUGGUGGAGGUGGCUGUGACGCAGUUGAAAUAUAUAAUCUUGAAUCCGUACCAUUGAAUGGUGAGACCUGGUAUUAGCAAUUCAUAGAACUCACAACGUAGGAAUCUAGGAAUCUUGGUUUCACUGUAUUAGAAUUCUUGUAGUUUUACUUGCAAUACAUUCAGAUUGGUGUCAGACUGCUAAUAGUGAUAUAGUCCGAGCUUUUCUUUUAAACGUAUGUGAAUUGUCAGUUUUGUUGUUAUUGUAUUGCAGUUAAAUUUAUAGAGAUUUGCAUAUGAUUAGUUUGCACUCAGUGCAGCUGGUUCUGCCACCCUAUAUGAGUGAUGAGUCAGUGGAUGAAUAGCUCAAACAGCCAUACAUAGCACAAUCUUAGAUUGUAGGUAUGCAACAUGUUUAACUUGUACCAUUGUUUUGCAAUAUAUGCCAGAGUGUACAUGUUGAACACCAACUUUAAGGCCUCAUGAGACGAAGAAAAAGAGACAUUGCUUUUCUGUUACUGUUCAGUGGAACUGAAGUGGUGAAAUCCUCUUGUUUCUCUCGGUUCCAUUGCCUUACAAACUUGUUUUGCUACUUUUAUAUGGAAACCAUUUGUGUGCUUUAUGUAAUAAGUUAUCUCCUUCCAUUGUUGAAGUGUUACCAUAUUGAAGAUUUUCAUAUGCUGUGUAAACUUAGGCUGGCUGCUGCUUGGGUAGCUGCUAUGUGGGAAGAGAAGAGCACUUACGAGAACAAAGGUCUUCCCGUGUGAACAGAUAAUUUUAUGGGCCCUUGUUCUGGUGGGUGUGUGUUCCUUUCACCUACAUAUGUUGGCAAUCGUCAAUCCAUUGACUGUAAGUAGGUAUGAACAUGAAUUAUAAAUAUUUACAUUAUCCUGUCAAUUAACUCUAAUUCAAAGAUAUGCAUAUAUAUGAGUCUUGUAAGUUUUUAAGGUUGCACAGUGUGAUUGUGUUGAUGUAAUGACAGUUUAUUUUUAACUACAGUGCUAUAUAUGGAAGGCAUCUCAAUUAUUGUUAUCUAUGAUGUUAUUUUAAUAUUGUGUGACAGUCCAUAGAAGCUUGUCAGGAUCCUUUGAGACCUGUCAAAAGAAAGAUGAAGUAUUCUCCUAUUAUUGCUUUUCAUCCUACCCUCCAUAUUCCCUUAAUUAAUAGUACUUUACAUGUCAAAAUUAAUAGUAAUUCAAAAUAUCAUAAAAUAAUUAUUUGUUAACAGAGCUUGUGCUGAUUGCAGCAGUUUUGCUCACAUUUAGAUUAUAAAGUAAUGAUAUUCAAUCAAUGAUCUCUUGCUGUUAACACUUCUCUAACAUUUGUUCUGAAUGCAGCUACUGAGAAUCAAGCAGCAGCAUGAGGUGGUUAUUAUGUUGGGAACAUUUGUUUAAUCUGUCAAUAUUAGUGCCGUAAAAAUAUCACUGUUUCUAAAAAGGAUUUAAAGCCUCUAAAUGUUAAUUUUCAGAAGAGAAAAAUAAUAUUGUUAUCUUCAUGAGAGGUUUAAGAUGAAGUGCAGGCAGAAGAUUUAGAGUGAAACUCUAAAUCAUUUCAGCAUUCAUAUUACUAAAAAAUCAGCUUCUGCUGUCCGGUCUGCAUUUUACUUUAAAUACCUCAAUGUCAUAUCCUUGCUAUUUUAAACUCUCCAGAUCUCCUUCAGUCACUUCAUACCAACUUUAAAAUUCACUAAUGAGGGCUGCAGACUAACAUAACUGUUAAUGUAGAGCUUUUAUCUUUCUUGACAAUCUCGGGUAUUAAGAAAAAAGUUUCUUAGAAUUUCAACAUUAUUUGUUAUAUUCUUGCUUUUUGUAAUGUGAAGAAUAUAUAUACAGUAACGUGUUGUGA